CUCAACAGGCCGAUGCAUCAUGGUUGGACCUUCCGGUUCCUCUCAGAGCAGCUAUUCAGGCAGUCAGGGUGGAGUAGUCUACACAAUAAGCAAGAGUGGAUGUGGCCCUGGAGGUGCUGCUGGUGCCUAUGGUAUACAUGCCUGCAGAGAUAGUGCAUCCUUAUCCAGCAGUGGGAUUAGUUAUGGCCAGUCUGUCCCUUCAAGCAGUUCAGAUUCCAGUAAGAAGGUAGUGGUCGUUGCCAACAGCAACCCUUUCCCACCUGUGCGUCACACCUUCCCUCAGAGUUUGGGAAGCUCUGCUACAAGGAUCAUAGUACAGAGUGGACAAAAACAGCAAACCAGCAGCAGUACUUAUAUUCAUGGCUCCCAAGGCAGCCAGUCCUAUGGCCAGGGCUACAGACCCCAAGGUGGCAGUUCCUAUGGCCUGGGUGGACCAAGUUUCUCAGGUGGCAGCAGCUCCUAUGGCCAGGGUUCUCAGCCUCAAGGUGGCAGCUCCUAUGGGCAGGGUGGACCAAGUUUCUCAGGUGGCAGCAGCUCCUAUGGCCAGGGUUCUCAGCCUCAAGGUGGCAGCUCCUAUGGGCAGGGUUCCUCCUAUGAUAGCAACCCCUGCCACCAGGGUGGAUCACAGGGUGGAUCACAGGGUGGUCAGGGUGAUUCGUACUAUGGUGGUAGCCAACAGAGUGGAUCAUCAUCCUCCCAAAAUUAUGGUGACAACCAGGGUGGAUCAUCCUCAGACACCUAUUAUGAUAAUCAAGAGUCACAAGAUUCCUCAUAUGAUAGUAAUCCCAACGCCUGUGAUGAUAAUGACACUACCUACAGUGCCAAUAGUCAGCGUUCUGGUUGUGCAAAGAAGAAAGUUGUUGUUGCCCGAGACACAUCACAUGUUCUAAGCAGAAGAGCCUAUGAUGUACAGAAUGCCUCUUCUCCUUCAAACGGCAGCCACUCUGACAUGCAGUCCAGUAUUCUGGCAGCUUUUAAAAAGGCCGUCAAGGUAAUGAUCGUCUAUAAAAACGCGGAGUCUGCAAGGGUGGCCCAAGUUCUUCUUAUGGUUCUUACUCUGGUAACCAGGGAGAGCCUUCCUACUAUUCUGGUGGAUCUUACGGAGAGGGUGGCCCAAGUUCUUCCCACGGUUCUUACUCUGGGAGGGCCUUCCUACUAUGGACCUGGUGGAUCUUACGGACAGGGAGGGUCUUCUUCUUAUGAUAGCAGCAGUGAAUCCUAUGGUCAGGGUGGAUCUUCUGUAUAUAGUGGUUCUGAGGCUUACGGCCAGGAUUCACCUGCCAUGGGAGCCAGUGAAACUGAAGAUAGUGAUUCCUCCUCAGCGUCUGGUGGCCGCCAGAGUGAACGGGAUUUUUAUUCCCCAGGAGGCAGCCAGUCAGGUGGACAUGGGUCAUCUUCUCAAAGUGGCAGCUACUCCAGUGGACAGGACUCAUACUCAUCUGGAAGCAGCCAGUAUGGUGGGCAGGGUUCAUCCUCCUCAGGAGGCAGCCAGUCUGGUGGACAGGGUGGAUGUGAUUGUUCUGGGACAAAUUCUGGUGGAUCCCCUACUUUAGUCAGAAGUAAUUCCUCUGCAAAUGGCACAUCUUCUUCUGGAGGCAGCCACUACAACAGCCAGGAUUCAUAUUCCUCUGGAGCUAACCAGUAUGGAGGACAUGAGUCAUCUUCUUAUGGAGGCAGCCAGUAUGGUGGACAAGGUUCACGUUCCCCAGGAGGCAGCCAAUAUGGUGGACAGGGUUCACCUUCUUCAGGAGGCAGCCAGUAUGGAGGACAGGGUCCAUCUUUCUCAGGUGGCAGACCUUAUGGAGGACAGGGUAUAGCUUCUUCAGGAAGCAGCCAGUAUAGUGGACAGGGAUCUUAUCCCUCAAGAGGCAGCCAGUAUGGUGGGCAGGGUGGCUCUGGCUCAGGAAGCACUUACUCUGGGAAACCGUGUGCUUUUCUGUCACGGUUUACAAUUAUAAUUGGUGGGAAGAGGUUUCGAUCCAAGUUCUCCUACCAGCUUGGGCGGGGCCAGGAUUUCACCUUGUUUGAUGUGCAGCGCUACCCUUUGCCAGCCAUCGGUAAAUCAACCUGCAAUUGA